AUGGCCUCGUUUGCAACACGGAAAAUCUGGAGAAAUCAGCCUGAUGGUGGAAAGAAAUGUCCGGGCGAUCAAUUCUAUCAAAUUUCUUUCUCUAAUUUGCUCAAGAUGAAGCUUUUAAAUAUUCUUCUUUUGUCUUCCCUUGCCGUUGGAGCUAUCAUCCCAGGUCCAAUCGAUGAACGUGAUGGUCUAGUAGCACGGCAAGCGUCUUCUACUACCAGUAAGACAAGCACAUCUUCAACAAAGUCAAGCAGCACCUCAAAGGCUACAAGCUCGUCAACUUCCAAGUCAUCAUCAGCUGGCUCAUCAUCUUCCAAAUCUUCAUCAGUUGGCUCCUCAUCAGCUGGCUCAUCAUCUUCAAAGUCUUCAUCAGUUGGCUCAUCAUCAGUUGACUCAUCGUCAGUUGGCUCAUCGUCAGUUGGCUCAUCAUCUUCAAAGGCUUCAACAACUUCGUCAGGUUCAUCUGUCUCUGGCGGCUCCUCCACAGUCUCAAGUUCAACCUCCACGUCUGCUAUCUCUAGCUUGGUUGCCGAUCCUGCUUGUACAAAUUCGCCCUUCACCAGGGCUUGCUGGGGGAAUGGCUUCAGUAUUGCAACUGAUUUUGAUACCAAAAAUCCUACUACUGGUGUGACUCGAAAGUACAAUCUGGAAAUGACCAAUACGACAUGCGCUCCAGAUGGAGUCACCCGCCAGGCCUGCAUGUUGAUCAAUGGUAAAAUUCCUGGUCCAACCAUAUAUGCUGACUGGGGUGAUAUGAUCCAAGUCACUGUGAAGAACUCUCUUCAAGACAACGGUACCGGUAUCCAUUGGCAUGGCGUUCGUCAGUACCACACAUGUACCGAAGAUGGUGUACCAGGAAUCACCGAAUGUCCACUUGCUCCCGGAGACACCAAAGUAUACACCUUCCAAGCGACCCAGUUCGGCACGAGCUGGUAUCACAGUCAUUUCUCUGGCCAAUAUGGCGAAGGUACCCUCGGCGGUAUUGUGAUCAAUGGACCCGCUAGUGCCAAUUACGAUAUUGACCUUGGAACCUACAUGGUCCAAGAUUGGUAUUAUACACCGAUAUUCGCACUCGAAGAUAGAGUAGCCCAUUCACAAGUUGGACCGCCACCAGGUGACAAUGGACUCAUCAAUGGUAGCAUGGUUGCGCCUAGCGGUCAAACUGGUGGAAAAUAUACCACAAACACCAUCACCUCAGGCAAAAAAUACCGUCUCCGUCUCAUCAAUACUUCAGUUGACAAUCAUUUCAUGGUCUCAUUGGACAGUCAUUCAUUCACAGUGAUUACAUCUGACUUCGUGCCCAUCCAACCAUACACUACCAACUGGAUCUUUAUCGGAAUCGGCCAGCGAUACGAUGUCAUAAUCAAUGCCAACCAAACAGUCGGAAGCUACUGGUUCCGAGCUGAAGUUCAAAACGGAUGUGGUAUCAACAAUAAUAAUGGAAACAUCAAAAGUAUUUUCACCUACGCCGGAGCAUCAAACGGCACCAUUCCAUCAUCCACAGCCACACCCUACACCCAACGCUGCACCGACGAAACAGGACUUAUCCCCUUCUGGGACAGUUUUGUGCCCAACGGGCCCCUCACCACCAACGUCGACCAGCUCAACGUCGCCGUCGACAUUGGCGUCACCGCCGACGGACCAAUCGUCAAAUGGGGCAUCAACCUCACCGCGCUCGAUGUCGACUGGAAAAAGCCCAUCCUCCAAUACGUCCUCGAUGGCAACAAUUCCUGGCCCGCAUCCGAGAAUCUCAUCUCGUUACCCAAUGCCGGUCAAUGGUAUUAUUGGAUCAUCCAAGAAGUUGCCGGAGUCGUCAAUGGAAAUCCCGUCUCCGUUAAUGUUCCCCAUCCAAUGCAUUUACACGGUCACGAUUUCUUCGUUCUAGGCACAGGAGUCGGCACCUACAAUAACACCAUUAACGCACCAAACCUCGAUUACGAUAAUCCGACCAGAAGAGAUGUCGCCAUGUUGCCCGCAGGUGGAUGGCUUGUGCUAGCUUUCCAGACGGAUAAUCCCGGUGCUUGGUUGAUGCAUUGUCAUAUUGGCUGGCAUGCCAGCGGCGGUCUCGCCGUGCAAUUCCUCGAAUCCCAAAAUCAAAUUAACAGCGUAAACCCCAUUUCGCCCGCCCUAACCAACACGUGCAAUAAAUGGAACGCGUGGUAUCCAUCUCAAGCUCCAUAUGCAAAGACCGAUUCGGGUAUUUGA